AUGUUGGCUGCUGCAGAGACGGGACAGAGCAUCAGCUACAGCAUCGAGAAUGCGGAUGGAAAAGAUCAUUCACGACUUCUACUCAGAUCUCUUCGACAGCCAGGUCCACCUGCCACUUCACCAUCUGAAGGAAGAUGGACAAGUCAUUCCAGAGGUUCUCCCGUCCGAAAUACGACAUGCUAUCAUGACGGUAAAAAAUCGUACGGCACCCGGCCCGGACAGAAUAAGACCAGAACACUUGAAAAACCUUUCACCAGUACUCAUCAACACCCUGGCGAAGCUCUUUACACGUUAUCUGUCGAAAUGCAAGGUUCCUAA